UGGUGGUGGCCGCUGCAGCCGAGCACCAAUAUGCUCGUGAAGCUGGUGCUGGUAACUUGUCUUGGAGUCGCAACUGCCCGUCCAAAAAUGCGAGGCGGCCAGGAGCUCGUCCUACAUACUGGUGGUGCAGCAGAAUUAAUGCGGAGUCCACCAAACGCUUCGUGCACCACCAUCGCCAUAACGGACAGUACCACCACUCCUCCAGACGUCGUGAAGGAUGUAUUUGGACAAUCAGCGUUGGACCAGUGGCAAGUGAUGGCAACAUUUGAGGUGAAUUUAGAGAAGAGAAACACCACCAUUACUGAUCGCCUGUCGAAGUUGAUCCCCUUAGCACGUCAAGUGCGUCAGCUGUCGUGGUGCUCGAUGGUGGUGGUGGUGAGUCUCGAUCCUGACUUUCUCAUCGCAUUCGCCGAGUGGUCUCUGAAGGGAAGGCUGCUGGUGUGGACCACCAAGCUGGUGGUGGUGAGCCGCCUGACAAUCCCGCAGCUCCAAACCCUUCUGCCCGCCCACUGGACUUUCUCCAUGAUGAACACAGUCUUCCUCAACAUGGAGGGCGACGCUGAGCAGCCCCGGUACCGAUAUUAUGUCAUUUAUAGAGAUAUAUGUAUGUAUAGGAGAGCCUUCAUCUCGUAUAUUUGUUGUUCACCACUGCCACUGCACGUGCGGACAAUUUUUAAAUUUUUUUUAUGUAAGAGGGUCACUGGCCAAGGGAAUAAAAAGAGUUAAA